AUGCCGACCCGCCCAACGAGCACGCUGGUCCUCAGCACAAUCGGCGAGGAUGAUGCAGCGCAGCCGCCCAUUGUCCCGGCGGCACUUCUCUACGCGCUAGUCCUCAACAUGUUCUCGUACAAGACCCUCCUCCUCGCCAUCUCCCUUUCGGCCCAUCUGGUGGCUGCAGCUCCCUUCGGCGGAAUCCAGCGCCGCGAGGUUCCUCAGGAGCACUCUCAUGAGGCCAUCCUCAUCGACAUUCGCAAGCUGAUGGCCAUCAGCAACCCGCAGAACCUUGGUGACCCGGUCUUCGGUCUCCUUGGUGCCGCGGCAGCCGCCGCCGGCCUUGGUCAGACUACCGACGCCAACUGUCUCCAGCAGGCGACCGCCGACCAGGCCUUCACCAACGCCAAGGCUUCCAACGAUGUUGCCGGCAUGACGAGCGCGCUCAUCUUCCGUACCCUCGAGCGGAACUCGGGCUCCGUUGGUGGCGCGUCCCCCAACUGCACGUCCGUCACGGCUGUCAACCCCGAGAUUGCGGCGCUCGCUCAGCACCAGGACCCCGCUGGCUCUGGCGCACAGGCGUUCAACAAGAACCUUGUCCUUGAGCUUGCGAAGCAGAUCGCCUCUAUUGGCGGCACGCCCACGGACGCGCUCAAGUCCGGCACGUUCGCCCCUGGUACGAUCGGCGACCCGACUGCUAAGGGUAAUACUUGUGACGACGCCAAUGACACUGCGGGAUGCAUUGUCUCGCAGAACCUCCUCGUUGAGGACGCUACUGAGGAUGAGAUCAACGCUGCCGUUGCGGGUACGAGCACUAGCACGGACACUUCCGGUGAUGCUACGGACUGCCCCGCUACCGCCACCGUGACCGUCACCGUCGGCGCCACUGCCACUGCUGCUGCUUCGACCACGACCGCUGCUGCCGCGGCCGCCACGACCACCGCUGCUGCCACCUCGACCAACGCCGACAUCGGCAACUUCGGUUCUUGCUCCGUUCCGCAGAUCGAGUUCGGCGCUGGCUUUGACGGCCGCAAGGAGACCUCGUUCGAGCCCGUCGACAAGACGUCCUUCAACCACGGCUCGGCCCAGGGUAUCGACAUCAUCACCAAGUUCAUCUGCGAUACCCUGACGAACUCUUGCGGCGCGGACGCGACUGCCAAGGCCACCUGCGCGAGCGCCAUCACCGCCGCUGACGGACAGACUGCCAAGACUGGUGCCCAGGCCGACGCCUUCAACGCCGUCUUCGGCAUCACGACCAACUUCGCCGACACCCCCGCCAUCGACGACCAGGGCAACUUCGUCGCCGGCACUGGCAGCGCGACCGCCAUCGCCACCGGCGGUAUCGGCAACUUCGGCUCGUGCACCACCCCUCAGAUCGAGUUCGCCACCGGCUUCGAUAACCGCAAGGAGACGUCGUUCCAGCCCGUCGACAAGACCUCGUUCAACCACGGCUCGGCGCAGAACAUCGACAUCAUCACCCAGUUCAUCUGCGAUACGUUGACGAACUCGUGCGGCGCUGAUGCGCAGGCUAAGGCUACGUGCGCCAGCGCGAAGGCUGCUGCUGACACGAAGACGGCGAAGACGGGCGCUCAGGCUGAUGCGUUCAACGCUGUGUUUGGAAUUACGACCAACUUUGCUGCUGUCGCUACUGUAAACGACCAGGGCGUUACGGUUUCUAAGUAG